AUGCCAGGCUACUACUCGCGCCCCAUGGCGGGCCAACUCCCUCUCACUCCACCAGACUCGGGCUCAGGAUACGGAUACAGCAGUAUGCAUUACUCGCAAGAUCCGUAUGCUCAGCACCAGACGGUGAGCCAGUGCCGCCAAGACAGCGCCUACGACUACCAGCAGGGCUACAUGCAACCUGCAGUCGCGCCAGCACCACCGACAUACCAAUACCCACAGAGCAGCUUCCAGUCUGCCAACAGUCUGCCGCCCAUCUCAUCCUACUACGAGCCCAUCGGCGCCCCCAUCCUCCCUCCGCUGCGAAUCCACGACCAAGUCGCCUUCACCGACGACUACCAGCGCCGCUUGCAACAAGAACAGCAGAACGCUGCCGCACGUGAACAGCAGCGACAGGCUGCAAAGGAGGAGAAGGCCACUGGUGGCGUAUCCGCCAAGCUGGACUAUGAGAUGGAGCGCAUGACGGACUUCGUGACAGAAGCCACUCAGUCAAUGUAUGCCCUGCAUUGUUCCCCCAUCCGCGUUGCAGAGAUUGACGUGACUCGAAGCUUUCAACAUACGAUGCAGAGCCAUCCGUCGUUUCGAAAGUGGAUCCACCAGGUCCUCUCCGCGACUCGACUGCCAUCGGCCACGAUCCUGCUGAGCUUGCACUACCUGAACGACCGACUCGCCAACUGGCCCGAGUCAGUGCCUCAAGGCGAGAACCAGAUCUACCGUCUGCUCGCAGUCUCCCUCAUCCUCGGCAGCAAGUUCCUCGACGACAACACCUUCAUCAACCGAUCGUGGUCUGAUGUCACGGCGAUCAAGGUCUCGGAGCUGAACAUGUUGGAGAUGAAGUGGCUGCACCUCAUCAACUACGAGCUGCACAUCGAGCCAUCGACCUCGAACGGCCUGCAGGCAUGGUUUGACGCGUGGAAGAAGUACGACGCAGAGUACCUCGCCAAGACUCAACCAGCCAGGCUUUCGCCACUCGACACGAAUGUGCACCGUCACACGAGCACUAGCCGGGACCGCUUCUCGCCUUACCCAACGCCGUACACUGCGUCUGCGCGGUCAUUCGAUGGAUCGCUGUCCUCCCGCUCCUCGCAGUACUCGACGCCAUACGCUGCUGCCGACCCAUGGGCACCCAGCCAGCGCCACGUCGACGAGUACUACAAGCAGCGUCAGGACCGCUACCCAUCCGCAUACGAGCUUGAGGAGGCCAGCCGUAGGGCAUCAGAGGAGCGUGCUCGCCAGUCAGCGUACCAAUACGCCCAGAGCGCUCAUGCUUCGUACUACCAGACUCCCAGCUACGGCUCGACGUGGGACCAGAGCAACACCUGGAACGUUCACCGAUACGACUGCAACUGCUCAUCGUGUGCAUAUCAGCAGCACUACCGGCCAUACCCCAUGACCUCCAGCUACACCGCUCAGACUGUCAUGGGUUAG